AUGUAAUUGCCAAUUCGUAUCAUUGAUGGUCUUUACCUUGGAGAUUAGGGUGCAGCCCAUGUAAAUGUGAUCUAAAACAUCAGGAUUUAGAAUUCUUGGUGACUAACAAAAUUACUAAGAUAAUUAAUUGUGCUGCCAAACACAUUCCUAAUCAUUGGGAAUCCAUCGGCAUUUAAUAUUUAUCUUAUUAAUGGUUAGAAAGUGAAACACAAUUUCAAUUUGAUUAUACCAGAUGUUUUACAUUCAUAAACGAUGCACUUGAAGCACAAGAAGCUGUCUUAGUUCAUUCUAUUAGAGCUAUUAAUCGAUCUGUUUUUGUCGUUGUUUUAUUUUUAAUGCGCAAGUAUUUUAUCUAAAUCUUACUCCUAGAUUUAAAUGGACAUUAUCAAAAACAUUAUAAUACAUACAUAAUCUUAAGAAUUAAUUCGAUAUUAAACCAAAUGUUUAUCAAUAAUUACUUAAUUAUGAAAAGUGGUUUCAUCUCACUAAAUUAAGUAAUAAUUGGGAUGUAGCUAAUAAUGAUGAUGAAACAUUAGCAAGAAAUACAUAUCUUAAUAGUUAGCGAACAUAUUCAAACGAGCCUAAGAGGAAAAAAGAAAUUUGUCUUAAAAAAGUUUAAUGGAAAAAAAACUUAGUUUCUCAAUUCAUUCCACCAUAUUACUAGAUGUAGAAAUUUGUAAAAUAUUAAAAUUAGAGAAUUUAAAAAAUUCAGUACACCAUAACCUAAAAUAUAACAUUCAUAAAUUCCUAUAAAACUAAGAGUUUAGCUCUCUGAUAAUAAUUGGAUGAAUAAAAAAUACACUUUAAAUUAAAUUGUUGAUGAACAAUUAUAAAAAAAGUUGAAUCUAUUUAGUAUCAAAUCAGAUCGUCAACCAAUCAAAAACAUAGGAAGACCAGGUACAGCACCUUCAAAAAGAUUGCUCAAAGGGAAAGUUGUAACAUCAUCUCAUAGACUAUUAGUUAAGUAAUCAUGA